GUAUCUUUAUUAUUAAAAAAAAAAUGUUUUUACUUUCCGUAUAAAUAAACCUCCAUGGAUUUUACAUUGAAAUUUUAUGCGCUAUAAAAAUAACAAUGGAUAUUAUAACAUUUCUCUCCUAAAUGUAAUACUUUAUAUGUUUCUUUGGACCAGUGGGAGAAGUUCAUGUGUAUAAAGUGGCUCUGCUUUAAAAGUAAUUUCAAAAAAGCGCAAUGAACCGAAAUGCAAUCUUAAAGCUUUAUAAGGACAUAUUAAAGUACGGACAAAAUUUGAAAUUUACAGAUAAGAAAUAUUUUCGAUAUAGAAUACGUGAAGUUUUCAAGACUAAUAAAAAUCUAACUGACGAGACAGCCAUAGAUUUUCAUUUUAAGAAAGGAUUGAAAUUCUUAGAAGCUCGGAAAGUGGUAUAGAUUAUAUCUCAAUUGUCAAUAAAUUUAAUGUAAAAAUAAAACACUAUGUUGGCAAGAUUGUUACCCAUGUAUUUAAAGACUCACAGUAGAAUCCAUCUAAUGCUCACCUGCAA